CAGGGAUCUGGAAAUAAAAAAAAAGGAACAGAAGCGUUAAGUCUUUUCUCCCCAAGUAACAUAUCCAAGCUAAACUUUUAUGUGCAAAGUCAGCUCAAUGCUUAUGUUAUUCCAAAAUCAUAGCUAAGAAUGACGGCCUCCUUGAGAAAAAGAUGAAGGGCAACUCUUGUACACAUAAAUACGGCCUGUCACGAAAAACAUGACAUUAAUUAAAUCUAUUAAUGAGAGAAUGGGAUAAAGAAUGUGUUCUUGACAGUAUUAAUAGACAAAAUAAAAUCAAUCUUUGCUUGUUAUUUACUUAUUUCCUUUUUCCUCACCAGGUUCCCGUUUCGUCCACAAGGUUUUUUAUUCAAACGUUUACCGCAAAAUUUUUGUCCUGUAAGGUCAGAUCGAUUGGCCUCUGAAAUAUCCCUAGCACUACAUGAGUAAAUAGUAAAACGAAAAAGUUAAAAAAAAAAAACUGUUAUCUUGAAAUUGCAAUGCGAGCUGCGUUACAGCAGGGCCACCCCAUGAAACUCAAUUUUGAUAAAAUCGACAUGCGAUGUUCCGUUAUCUUUUUCACUCGAGUUUUAUUUUUAGUUAUAAAACAAUAGUUUUAUCUUUAUUCAUUAGAAUCAAUUUUAUUGCCUUUUUUGACUCCUGACCUGCGCCUGAAUCAGGCUUCCUAAUUGGUAAAAGGUUGUCCUCGGCAAGAUCUGAUGCAAGUUUCUUUAUUUCUUCAGCGCGUUGAUAGUUUUACUUCAGUUUUGUUACGGUUUUGUCUCGUCCACAGUCUCGCCUGACUUCACAAGCUAAUUUAUCUUUUGGCCUCUAACAUGUUUGCGUGUCUCUCCUAUUCUAUUGCGCAUAUCUUCUGUACUUUCUAUCACUGACAAUCAUGAUCAGUUUUCAUGGUCGUCACGAGGGAUCAGAAAACAUCAUCAUAACAAAUUUUCUUGUCCAAAGUGGCUCGGCCACUUGUUUUUCAAAGGCCAUUUUGUCAGAGGAACUAACAGAUUACGUCGUUGAGGGACUUCGUGAGCUCUUUCUGCUUGGGUGAAAUUUCAGAUUCUACAGGUGAACUAAUUGGCACAAUGAGACCCGUGGCUUGUCACGUAGACUUACUUCAUAUUAUCGGAAGAACCUUAGCUGCUGCGUGGCUAAGGACAUCCCGGAAAACGUUUUCAUGUUACAAGUGCUUAAAAGUCAGCUCAUCUGCGAUACGAUCGAGAGAAUUUUUGGAAUAAUUCAAUAAAAAUUGUUAAGCUUUAAGCAGAUCAAGAAAACCAGGGAAAGAUCUCGUAAGUGCUGUAACACCAAUCAAUUGCUUGUUUUCCUUGAAAGCUGGACGUUUGAAGCUCGAGCAGAUUCCACGCACGUCAAGUACUUGAAUCACUGCUCUCUAGUGAGCGUGACUAUUCAUUCAGUAAUACAACAGAUGGCAGCAUUUCAUUUCUACGUGUGAACUCCUAGCUUAAUUUUCAUGUCUAUGCCACACAAAAAACGUUUCAGUUCGUCCGUAAACAAGGUUCUUUGCGUGAGAAAUCUGAAGUGAUCACCUUCUGGAAAAAAACUUUUAAUCUUCUUCGAGAGCUGACACACGUUUCUGUAUUAUAUCACGUCCUUGGUUUUGCUUCAGCUCAUUUUCUCUUGUUUGUUAGUCUUUCUUGACAUGAAGUGUUGUUCAAACCGAUUUAAUUUUUGACCUCAUAAGUACUAUAUUUGUCUAGUUAUUUCUUCCUCUAGACUUAGCAUCACGUCCUGAAAGAUCUAAGGGGUACAAAGACACCAGGAAGUCUCUAUCGUACUAUAAAGGCCGACACAGUCAGCUUUGAUAAGAAUAGUACAGACUGCUUGUUUCUUUGGAACGUCUAAGCGAAACAAGUGAGCUUCUAGCAAGUCAGGAAACAAUGGUUGGUUUAUCACAAGAAGGAGAAGAGGCGAGUGCGCAAACAUGGGGCAAGAUGAAAGUUAGCAUGGCAAAACUUAUCAGAAAAGCAAAAUCUCCGAAGCUUCUGGAAGAAAAGGCAAAAGGAAAUGACGAAAAAGACGAGACAUUAUUGCAAUUUUCUCCAUGUGGACAUUCCGCAUCAGCAUCUGUUCUUUCUCAGUCGCCGCUAUCACUACUGGCUCAAUCGCAUGAAGAACCUUCAUCACUAUUGACGCCAUGGUCUGCACAAGAGGCUUCAUCAACACUGGCACCAUGGCCUGGACAACAGGCUUCAUUAACUCAGGUGCCAUGGCCUGCUCGACAAGCUUCAUCAACACAGGCACCAUGGUCUGCACAACAGGCUUCAUCAACACAGGCGCCAUGGUCUGCACAACAGGCUUCAUCAACACAGGCGCCAUGGUCUGCACAACAGGCUUCAUCAACACAGGCGCCAUGGUCUGCACAACAGGCUUCAUCAACACAGGCGCCAUGGUCUGCACAACAGGCUUCAUCAACACAGGCGCCAUGGUCUGCACAACAGGCUUCAUCAACACAGGCGCCAUGGUCUGCACAACAGGCUUCAUCAACACAGGCGCCAUGGUCUGCACAACAGGCUUCAUCAACACAGGCGCCAUGGUCUGCACAACAGGCUUCAUCAACACAGGCGCCAUGGUCUGCACAACAGGCUUCAUCGACACAGGCGCCAUGGUCAGCGCAACAGGCUUCAUCGACACAGGCGCCAUGGCCUGAACAACAGGCUUCAUCGACACAGGCGCCAUGGUCUGCAGAACAGGCUUCAUCGACACAGGCGCCAUGGGCUGAACAACAGGCUUCCUCGACACAGGCGCCAUGGUCAGCGCAACAGGCUUCAUCGACACAGGUGCCAUGGUCUGCGCAACAGGCUUCAUCGACACAUGCGCCAUUCUCUGCAGAACAGGUUUCAUCGACACAGGUGCCAUGGUCUGCACAACAGGCCUCAUCGACACAGGCGCCAUGGCCUGAACAACAGGCUUCUUCGACACAGGCGCCAUGGUCAGCGCAACAGGCUUCAUCGACACAGGUGCCAUGGUCAGCGCAACAGGCUUCAUCGUCACAGGCCCCAUGGUCUGCACAACAGGCUUCAUCAUCACAGGCGCCAUGGUCUGCGCAACAGGCUUCAUCGACACAGGCGCCAUGGUCUGCACAACAGGCUACAUCAACACUGGUGCCAUGGUCUGCACAACAGGCUUCAUCAUCACAAGCGCCAUGGUCUGCACAACAGGCUUCAUCAACACUGGUGCCAUGGGCUGCACAACAGGCUUCGUCGACACAGGCGCCAUGGUCUGCACAACAGGCUUCAUCAACACUGGCGCCGUGGUCUGCUCUUGUUACGAUGUCAAAAGAUGUGAAAGACUUCAGUAAUUUUAAGCGUAAAGGCCAAGAAAGAACUUUGGAUGAUGUUCAGAUCUCCAUCGAACAAGUUCCUGUUUGCAGAAGCAUCCUAGUUACUGGGAUUUCUGAGAAUACUACCCAUGAUGCAAUUGAACUGUGUUUUGAAAACCGAAAGAAGAAUUGUGGUGGUCCUGUGGAGGAGGUCUCUUACACGCCUGGAAGUGGUAGAGCUGUGGUCGUGUUUGAAGAUCCAAAAGACAUGGCAAGAGUGUUUGACAGGCAUCAGGAGCGACCAAUUGUGUUAAACGGAAACCAACUUUCAAUCAAAAUCCACCAAGAUGAGGUACGUGAUAGAGUAGUCAAUAGCACUCAAACGAUUGAAAAAAAAGAGACAAGGGAAGCCAACUGGAAGCAGAUCUCUCUACAUGUUCCCAAAGAACACGUGAUCUUGCUGAAGAAAAUAAAGCUUGCGGAUAAACUAGCAGACGAGAACAAGGAGUUAGAAAUCAAGAUGGACAAAGGAAAGGAGGAAAUUUAUAUCGCAGGUCCUCAAGAACAGUUUAUCGAGGUAAUAAAUAAGUUUUCCAAUCAACUGAAAGACAUGGUUAUGAAGAAUCUGAGCUUAUCUGCUAGAGUUUUGAAAGUCUUAUGUUCCGAAGAGGGGAUUCAAAAAGUCAAUCAUGAGUUGGAAAGCAAUGAGGUUGAGGCGAUCUGUUUCAUUGACAAAGAUACCAAGAUUGUGGGAACGUCAGCUGCGCACGCAGACGCUGCUGAAAAGCUCGUGAACGAGUUGAUGCUGGAAAAACAAGUCGAAGUGGAUGCUAAGAGUGAUCAUUUGUUAAAGUCAACUGAAUGGAUCAAGAUAUGCGAUGAAAUCAAUGCAAAAUCAACUGUCCAUGUCUAUGGAAACGUCUGGAAUGAUACCCGUGUAGCGGGGUUUAAAGAUGAAGUCAGUGAAGUGUUGGAAAAGCUAAGUGCCUUCCUUGAAGACAACUACAUCAGACAAGAAGAUUAUGUGUGCAUCUCAGACCUUGUGAGAAGGUAUAUUGGCGAGUUUCGUCAAAAAAACCUACGAUCCAUCGAAGAUCAGCUAAAGGAAUUUGACGUUUCGAUUAAAAAUGGAGAAAGACCUGAACAUUUUGAAAUCUCUGGAAAGAGGGAAGGCUUGAAACGGGUUAGGAAGGAGCUUGAUGAACUUACAAGUAAUAUUGCGACACAUACUUUUGACGUGGAGCAGCCAGGACUCCUGAAGUACCUUGACACUGAAAAAGGAAGAUGCUUGGUGAAAUUAGUGGAAAAUGAGCAAGACUGUGUCAUUGAUUUAAAGGAGAACUUGUGCAGUGAGUCAGAAGCUGAAUCUACUGCCUCUUCGGGUGACAAAGAGAUGACUAUCGAAGAAGGAUAUGAAGAUGAUGAUGAGAUAAACCGUGACAGUGAUAAUGACAAUGACAGUGUUGGAACUGCUGAUGAUAGCAAAUGUGAUGAUGAUGAUAAUGAUAAAGUGGACCAAAAUAGUGCCAGUGGUGGUGGCCUUGAUGAUGAUACUUCUGCUGUUGAUAAAAGUACCACUGGUGGAAAUGAUUCGUCAACUCUUGUAACAAUCCAUGGCCAUAGUAUAUCAUGGAAACCUGGACUCAUCGAGAAAGAAAAGGCUGAUGUACUGGUCAGCUCCCACGGGAGUUGCACUGAAGCAAUCAGAAAAGCUGGUGCUCCUUAUAAACCAAUUCCAGAUGUUGGCGAAGUUAGUGUUUCACGUGGUUUAACCCCAGCCACUCACGUGAUCCUCACUCACUGUUGCGCGUGGGACGGUGUCAAGGGUGGGACGGCGGAAAAGACAUUACAAGCCAUCGUCAGAAAAUGUCUGGAGAAAGCUGAGGAGCUGGAAGCGAAAUCCAUUGCUUUUCCGGUCAUAGGAACUGGAAACCUCAAAUUUCCUCGUGAAAAAGCUUCUAAAAUCAUGGUGCAACAAGCACUUGACUUCUGCAGAGGCCAUCCAAUGUCCAAACUGCAGAAUAUUCAAUUCGUCGUGUAUCAGCAAGACCAGCUAUUGAAAGAUGCUUUUAAUAAAGAGAUGAAUAAGGUAAAAGCGAAGUACAAAGAUGCCCCUAAGUACAAGCUUCAUCACAUUCUGAAAACUAUUCGACCAAAAACGAAACAAGGCCCAGCAAAGACAAGAUCGGAUCCUGUAGAGAUUGAAAUUGUGCAGGGAGAUAUAUGCAAGGAGAAAACCGACGCUAUCGUAAGUGUGUUAGGUAAAGACUUGAACAUGGACAAUGCAGGGGAACUUAGCAAGGCAGUGAAAAAGAUGUGUGGCCAGGCAGUACAAGAGGAGUUGAACAAGUUGACGAGACAACCAACCAUAUCAGCGGUGAUUACUGGUGGUGGAAAUCUCCCUGCACGUCAUAUCAUCCACUUGAUACCAGAAUCUUCUGAUAAAGAUCACCUGCAGCAGUGCGUGGAAAAGUGCCUCCAGCUGGCAGAAACACAAGGUCUGAGCUCCAUUUCCAUUCCUGCGAUAGGCACUGGAAAACACUUUGUGUCUGCGGUUGACUCAGUAAACCUGAUCUUUAAGGCAAUCCAAAGCUUCAAUGGAAAAUGCAACAGAGUUCGUAAAGUCCGAAUUGUAAUCUCCCAUGCAAAAAUGUUACCGGCGUUUCAGCAGGAACAGUUUAAACACUCGCACCAUUUAGAAGAAGACUCCAAUCGACGCACAAUCUUAAAUAGCCCAUUUAGUGUGGAGGUUACAACGGGUGAUUUGACCAAAGAGAACACCAGUGAUGCUAUCAUGAAUAUUGCCAGCGCCGACAUAAAUUUAAACAACGCUGGCGAAUUAAGUAAAGCGAUAGCAAAAGCUUGUGGUCCACUGUUGCUAAAAGAAUGCCACCAGGUGGGGAAGAUGUCCCCGGGCUCAGUUGCGAUGACCAGUGGAGGAAAUUUAACAGUACCUCACAUUAUUCACAUUAUCCCUGGCUCGCCAGAUCUGCAACAUCUUCAGCAAUGCUUAGAAGUGGGGCUCCGUCUUGCAGACACUAAAAGCCUGAAAUCAAUAUCAAUUCCAUGUAUUGGCACAGGCGGGUACAAUUUGGCCGCCGCACAGUCAGCUCAAGUGACUUUUCAAGCGCUCAGUGCUUUUAGUGCCAGUUGCAAAAGUAUUCAAAAAGUAAAAAUAGUCGUUUUUAAAACACACCUGAAAAAGGAAUUCGAAUUUUUGCAAACGCAACUGAGGCAACAGCUGAAAAGCGAGGACGACGAAAGCAGUGGUUCAGAAAAGGAGGCUGUAAAGCGGUCACGAAAAGGAGGGCGAAGGCAGGAACGAGAGCCAGUUCAAAGAUACUCCGUAAAAGUUUGCGUCGUCGGUAAGGACAAGCCCUGCGUAGAAAAUGCCGCAAAGUGCUUACGUGAUAAAUUCGCUGAAGUUUUAGUCCUUAGAACAGUCGAAAGUGACGUCAUCAGUAACCUCUCUCAGAAUCAGAUCCUUGGACUGGAAAGAAAAGCCGUCGAACACGGCGUCAAAAUAGAAGUCCGGGUUGAGAUUGAUCGCAUUGUCGUUCGAGGUGAAUCAAAUGACGUUUUCCAAAUGCUCCAAGAGAUCUGGGAAAAGAUCAAAGAGAGGACAGAACAGAAAAAAGAGGAAGAGAUGGCUCAGAUUCUAUCAAACAACAUUGUGUGGAGUUAUGAAUUAAACGGCGAUGUGAUCGAGUUUGGUGCGAAAGAGAACGCAAUGAUUGAGCUGGCGCACUCUAAAGGAGACCAAACAGUGAAAGUUUCUCUUGGUGGAAAACAGUUCGUCAUAGAUGUCAAGAACAAAUUGGGAGUCGGAGAAUAUUCUUCCCCUACAAUGAAACUGAUAAGAAAGGCAAAGGGAGCUGUUGAAGGUUUUCCCUUACCAACGCAAUGGACACUAUUUCCACCCCCCAAUAUGGAUGUCAACAGAAUCGACCUUGCCCAAAGCAGCAAGGAGUAUCAAGACGUCGAACGCAUGUUUCAAACUACCGCGAAAGAAUUUAGAAUUCUUAAGAUUGAACGAAUACAGAAUCGUUCCCUAUAUCAAUCUUACAUGGCGAGGAAACAUAAAAUGGACAACGACGCUAAAGGAAGUAAUGAACGAAUGCUUUUUCAUGGGACGGAUGGUCAAAAUGUCAGCAAAAUCAUGUCGCAGGGAUUCAACAGAAGUUUAUGUGGAGUUCACGGAACAUGUUAUGGACGUGGUGUAUACUUUGCCAGAGACGCCAAAUACUCUGUUAAUUACGCUGGGAGUGGAGCGGCCCGUCACAUGUUCCUUGCCAAGGUCCUAGUUGGGCAGUAUUGCUUAGGAAAUAAACUCUAUGUUGAGCCUCCAGAAAUAAAUCCCUCCAUGCCAGAAGUUCUCUACGAUUCCGUCGUCGAUAACAAAAUCAAUCCUAACAUUUUUGUUGUUUUCCGGGAUAAUCAAUGCUAUCCUGAAUACCUUAUAACCUUUGCCCAAUAAUGUUUGUUUAGAUAAACGAUAUGAACUAAAGAGCUAACUAUGCGAAUGUAUGGUGGAAUAAGAGCCAGCUUAUUAUGUAUAGAUAACAAUAGGGUAUUUCCUAUUUCAAACUAUUUCAAGGGGUCUCCAUGGGGUUACCGUUAGCCGUGAAACAUGGGGUCGGGGACCUUCAGGGAUCACGGACCUUCAGGGAUCCGGGAAUAGAGUAAAAUG